AUGUCUCCAAGUUGCAGGAAAAGUAAGGGUCAAGUUGGCCAAGGCGUUCGAAGCCAAGGAGACGACCGUCACCGGGCUCACUUCACGACUGAAAGUUCCUCUAUCACAAAUGGCUUUCGGGCUCCGGGUGGCGCAUCGUCCAGUUCAAAGACUAACAGGAAGAUCAUCUCCAGUCAAGGAGACGUUAUCAUUGAAUAUAAGGACCGUGAUACAAAUGUGUCAAAUGAACCAGAAAUCUAUUAUCAAUGGCAAGUUUCGAGUGAGGAUCUCACGAGACAUAGUCCGUACUUCGCGGCUUUACUUGACCCAAACAAAUUCUACGAGGGUAGAGCAUUCAUGGAAAAGAAGACGGAAAUAUCACAGCUCAGGAAAGAGCACGAGUAUUCGGCCCGUAUUCAUGCAGAUGAGCUGCCUGUCGUGAAUCUAAGUGUGGAGCGUCUGUCUAGGAGGUUCCGCGCGAGCGCUGUGGAUGUCUUCCUGAGGAUACUCUGUGCUCACUCUCUGGAUGAUCACGCCCGGGCAGACUUUGAUGCUGAAAUAAAGCACCUCUCCACAUCUGUCGUGGCCAAUCUAAUCGAAAUAUCUGACUUGCUGAACUCUCCCGAUAUUGUGCGAGACACGCUCAAACGAUCAGGAUAUGCGUUUGGGAAAGGGAAGAUUCCACUUUUUAAAUUCACUUCCGCCUUGUUAAAAUACAGCGAGGAGCGAGUUCGACAGACAAUAUUCAUUGCGAUGUAUCUAGAAGAGCAUAAUAUCUUCCAGACCCUGACGCAUACGUUAGUGCUUAUUGGCUCAAAGUCAUGGAUCAAUGGAGUUGGAAUUCAUGAUCCGGAGAGCCCACGCUGGUGGUAUUUACCACAUGGAAUGGAAGAGGAGUUAUACUACCGGCGUCAGUGCGUACUUAACACGAUUACCGACUUGCAAGCUCACUUCCUUCGUGUCUAUGGAGCACUCGAGGACUCCAGAGAUCCGAAGCCUACUGCUUCAAACACACCAUUAGGAUCAACCACUACAUCUGCAUCUCGUUCUCGUCCGUUUCAAUGCCGUUGGGGCUUCAGCAACUCGAGAGCAUGUGACGCAUUCCAUCUAGGCGAAAUGACUCGCUUCUUCGCUAUCCGUACGAAAACAAUCUUCCUGGGUUCCACCCUAAUAGACCCCGACUUUGAUCUUGAUCCCGAAGACGACUCUUCUGUAGACGAGGAAGGGGGCGCUACUCGUUCAUUGAUGGCGGGCCCUCCAUCGGACAUAUCAUCCAUCAUCGCCUCCCUCAGACAAAUUCCGGACUAUCAGAUAGAUUCCAAUCACACAGGAUGUGGUAUUCGCCGCCGCCUCCUGCCCGCCUUGGACGUUAUCGAGCGCUUCGUUGCCGACGGACGAGGCCUCCUGGGCCUGGUUCUGCGGUACUGGAAAUCGCCCCCCGCCACGAAUUCGAUCUCCUGGAUGGACCGGUCCCUCCGGAGGGCCGAGAGCGUGGAUAUACGCUACUCUAAAAUCAUUUCCCUCAACUGCAACCCUACCGGACCAUUAUACCCCGGCCCAUUACCCCCUGGUUCACAAGAGGAAGAUGCGCGGUUAUUCUUCACAGCAAAGAAGAGGAACUGGGAAUCUUAA